UGCUGUCACUCGCGCUCUCCGACUGAGCUCUGACCCUUUGUAGCAGCCAAAUUUGGGAGCAUCUCUCUGUCGUUGCAGCCAGCAAGCCUUUCGGUCUGCCCAUCAGACAGAUCACAUGGGUCCCGAGGUCACCUGCCCGUGGAAGGGCCACAUGCCUCGCUUACAGGUGAGGACCUGGAUCGAGCCGGUGGUGGCCUCCGCCCAGGUGGCCGGGUCCCUCUACGACGCCGGGCUACUCCUGGUGGUGAAGUCGUCCUUCGGGGCAGGCGGCUCCUCCAACCACAGCGCCAGUCCAUCGCCACGGGGGGCCGUGGAGGACCAACAGCAGAAGGCCAUCUCCAAUUUCUACAUCAUCUACAACCUCGUGGUGGGCCUGACGCCCCUGCUGUCCGCCUAUGGGCUGGGCUGGCUCAGCGACCGCUACCACCGCAAGAUCUCCAUCUGCACGUCGCUGCUGGGCUUCCUGCUGUCCCGCAUCGGACUGCUGCUCAAGGUGCUGCUGGAAUGGCCGGUGGAGGUGCUGUACGCGGCGGCGGCGCUCAACGGGCUGUGCGGUGGCUUAUCUGCCUACUGGUCCGGGGUCAUGGCGCUGGGAUCCCUGGGCUCCUCCGAGGGCCGCCGCUCCGUGCGCCUCAUCCUCAUCGACCUGGUCCUUGGCUUGGCGGGGUUCUGUGGGAGCAUGGCCUCAGGCCAUCUCUUCAAGCAGAUAGCUGGCCACUCUGGGCAGGGCCUGGUGCUGACCGCCUGCAGUGUGGGCUGUGCCACGUUUGCCCUUUUGUAUAGCGUCUUUGUGCUGAAGGUUCCUGAGUCUGUGGCCAAGCCCAGCAAGGAGCUCCUCACUGUGGAUACCGUGUCUGGCACGGUGGGCACCUAUCGUACCCUAGACCCUGACCAGCUGGACAAGCAGAGUGUGGUAGGGCACCCUUCUCCAUCUCCUGGAAAAUCAAAGCCCCCCAAAACCAUCAUUGCCCUGCUGUUUGUGGGUGCCAUCAUCUAUGACCUGGCAGUGGUGGGCACGGUGGAUGUGAUGCCCCUUUUUGUGCUGAGGGAACCUCUCAGUUGGAACCAAGUGCAAGUGGGCUAUGGUAUGGCCUCCGGGUACACCAUCUUCAUCACCAGCUUCCUGGGAGUCCUGGUCUUCUCCCGCUACUUCCGGGACACCACGAUGAUCAUGAUUGGGAUGGUCUCUUUUGGGUCAGGAGCCCUCCUCUUAGCCUUUGUGAAAGAGACAUACAUGUUUUACAUCGCUCGAGCCACCAUGCUAUUCGCGCUCAUCCCCAUCACAACCAUCCGAUCGGCCAUGUCUAAACUCAUAAAGGGUUCCUCUUAUGGAAAGGUGUUUGUCAUGCUGCAGCUGUCUCUCGCUCUGACUGGGGUGGUGACAUCUACCAUAUAUAACAAGAUCUAUCAGCUCACCAUGGACAAGUUUGUAGGCACCUGCUUUGCUUUGUCCUCCUGUCUCUCCUUCCUGGCCAUUGUCCCAAUUGGUAUCGUAGCCUAUAAACAAGUUCCAUGGUCACAAUGUGGAGACAGGACAGAGAAAUGAAGGUGUUCAUCUGCAGGAGCUGAAAACACCAGCAAUGACCAGGUCCCUUUGAAGACCAAGGAAAGAACCAGGGAAUUGGGGACCAAAGCAACUCACCGUCCAAGAAACCUGAGUUCCAGCCAGAGUUGGCCUCUGUAUGACCUGCUAUGGUUCAGUGGUCCCUGAUGGGUGGGGAAAAAGCAUUUUCUGGGUGAUGGAAGAACCUUCUCAGCUUUCACAUGCAUCAGUUAGGCAGAGAUUAGAUUCUGUGGGUAGGGGCUGCACACACAGGCACCCCAGGCUCUAGAAGGGGCUCAGGCUCCAGCUGCAGCCAGAUAGCCCCUUUCUUGCAGGGAUUGUCUUGAAAGCUGGGUGUUGUGCAAGGAGUCCCCAUGCAGGACUCAAAGCUGCAUUUUCACCUGCCUGAGGGGAAUGUGAAGGGACAUUCUGUAAAAACUGCCAACA